AUGGAUUCUACAUCCAAUUACACAUCAAGGCCUUACAACAAUAACAAUAACAGUAAUACGACUCCAUCACCUUUCCAUACUUCGCCACAAACGAUACCGGGUAGUGGAACAGCCAAUACUUCACCUCAUUCAUCAAUUUUAAGUGGUAGUAACAACAACACAGGUACAGGUACAGGUACAGGUGCUGGAACGGGUACUCAUCCAUCGCCUUUAGUUCCAGCAUAUCUAACAAGAUAUCCGAAUCCAAGUCUGAAUCCUGCUACCUCGACGUCGAACCUGGAUACCUUGCUCGCGUUAUCAACGCCUAAUUUGAGGAAUAACAAUAAUAAUAUUGAAAUGUAUGGUGGUAGAUCAGAUCACCAUAGUUACAAUCGUUCACAACAUCAACAUCAGCAACAACAUAGUCAUUCAGCUACAGGUUGGCCAGCUCUACCAUCCUCAUCUUCUUCUACUGGAACUGGAAAUGCAGGAAGUCAACAUUAUGCGAGGGAUAUGAAAGAAGAUCGAGGUUGGAACAAUAAUGAUGAAAGGGAAUAUUCAGCUCAUUCUUCUUCCUCAACAAGAGGUAAUAAUAACGGAAACAGUUCAAGAUAUAAUAAUAACAACAACAAUCAUGAUUCGCAUCCAAAUUCAGGUUCUAAUGGAAAUGGGAAUGUUUCCAAUCCAAUACCACCUAAUCCACCUGUAAGACAAUCAAGCCAAGUUUUCCCGAGUGCAGGUCCAACUGCUAAAAGAGGUAGUAAAGCUUGUGUAGCGUGUCGAAGGGGUAAGAAUAGAUGUGAAUGGGAUCCAUCAGGAUCAGCUUCAUCAUGCAGAAGAUGUCUGUUAAAUGGAGUUCCGUGCGUUUUCGAAAAAGCAGCUGAGAAAGGAAAUACCGGAAGGAAUAGGAAUGGAAGUGUCGCUCAGAGUGAUACCACCGGAGAAGCAGAUAAUCGAGUGACUCAUUUAGAAAAGACUGUUCAGUCUUUGACUCAAAGUCAGGAUCAAAUACAGAAUGUUCUGCAACAAAUCCUACAACUCUUACCACAAAGCCAACAUUCACUUCAAACACCUAACACAUCUACAUUACCCUCAUACAUGUCUUCGGGCCAUAACGAACAUCCUACAGCUGUGCCUACAUCCAGUAUCUUUCCAUCUUCCGUAUCGCCUCCUUCGAUAUUCUCAACAAAUCCAGCAGGAGAGGGGGCAAUUCAAAUGGAUCACAGAAAUAACAACAACAACAACAACAAUAAUAAUAGUAACACUUCAAGACAAGAUGAAAUCAUGAUUCAAGCUUUUACAGCUGGUCAUGAUGGUAGGAACAGAUCACCUUCGAAUACAGCUUCUGGAAGAAUCAAUCCUUCAGGUAAUCAUUUCCCAACCCCUGGCAAAAGAGAUUUUCCUAAAUUACCUGGGUUCGCUCCACCUGCCCAUCAAUUCGGUACUUACGGAGUCAUCCCGCUGCCUUCCGCUCCACCUUCACCAUCACGAUCAAGACAUUCAUCCAGAUCAUCCUCGUCGCACUCUGCAGCAUCUUCAUCUGCUAUACCUAGGGAAACACUUACAGCACCCAUCCAAGCUUUACAGGCACUAGCAAAUGCAGCUGAUCAAGCUGCACAAAUAGCGAAAACGUCACCUGACCAUCAAUUGGUCCGUACGGAAGAAGGCGAUGAUGAAGAAGAAGACGCUGAUAUGAAAGAUUUGGGAAUAUUGACAUCAGAUCAUGAUGGUUUAGACGAGGAUAAUCGCGGGAGAUCAAGAAAAAGGAAAAGAGUAGCGAUAGAUCCUAAAUCCUUUUCAUUAAGAGUGAAGAAAAAGAAAAGACCAGAUCCAACGCCGAGAAACCCUUUCCCGGACGUGGUAACAAAAGGUCUAGUAUCAGAAAGUGAAGCUAGAGAAUUAUGGGAUAUCUUCUUCAAGGGUUGUCAUUACUUCGUGCCGUUAUGGGAUAAGAGUUAUGACACGUACGAAGAAUACAUUGUCAGGACACCGUUUUCGAUGGAUGGUCUUCUUGCCGUUGCCGCUAAAAUCAGAGCUGGGAAUGGCCCACUAGGUCAAACGUUCCAUAGAUGUCUUGAAGAAGCUCAAGGUAUCGCUCGAUCAACAUUGUUUGGUCCUAUAGUGAGGAAGGAAGCUGUCAUGGCAAUGUUGAUUCUAAGUGUGUGGAGCCAAAAUGGUUGGCUGCCUUGUGGACAUGCACUCCGAAUGGGUUUGGAUAUGAACCUUCAUCGAGCAUUAGAUCGAUUAGCCAAUAAAGACGAAGCAAGAUCUGAGAUGGAUGAAAGGGAUCUAGUGGUAUCCGCGAGGAUCUGGUUGAAUUGCUAUAUGCAUGAACAUCUUGUCAGUCUGGGUACUGGAAAACCGUUACUGUUACGAGAUGACUCCUCUGUUAGAGGUGCAAGGGUGCUACUAUCACAUCCAAUGUCAUCUGAGACAGAUAUGAGAUUGGUUGCAGGCGUCGAGUUGGUCAAUCUUCGAAUCCGAAUAUUAGAACAUUUGACUCCCCUGCACGGUAAAAUCGAUUCAGCAACUAUAUCAUUCGUUAAAAGAAUGUUAUCAGAUUUAGGCUCGUGGUACAAAGAGUGGUAUUCAAUUCAUAGAACAAGAUAUGAUGAUGAAGAUGUUUUGGUCAAAUUAUUGGAAACGGAAUUGUGUUAUGCUCAAUUGUGGACCGUCUGUGUGGCUCUAAGAGGAAGUCAAUGGGAUAAACUCGCCCCGGAUCAACGAGAACUUGCAUUCCAGGCAAAAGACGUCUCCUUCAGAUGUCUCGAGAUCUUCUUACGAUGCGACAACUUCAGGAAACACCUUAAGUACGCUACACAUGAUCAACUUGUUUCUGUAGCGUUUGCCGCUGUUUUCUUGCUAAAAAUUGCCAUGUUGUAUCCCACCUCUGUUCCUCUACCAUUCUUGAUCUCUCAAGUGACUCAAUUGGCGCAUCUACUUUCAGCCGAGUGUUUCGCUGAAAGAUACGCCUUGACACUAAGGCUGAUGUUAUCCAAUUUCAGAAAGAAGACAGGUGCAAUGUCAACUAUGCCUGGAACGCCAAGAAUGACACAAUUCAAUUCUGGUGGAAUCAACAACAACCAAAGUCAAACAUUACCCUCUGCGCCUGGUACGAACGUAUCAGCUAUUGGCGAUUUAGAUGGCGGAUUGCAGAGUUUCUUGAGUCUACCCAACUUUGAUGGUUUGGACACAAAUCCUACCUCAAGUAAUAACGAUCCAACCAAUGGAAUGGGCAUGUUUGGCGUGACUGAUCAAAUGUGGGAUAUGACUGGAUUGGAAGGUUUCAAUUGGCCAACUGAAUUCAGUCCUUCUGCUUUACCUGUCUGGUUACAAGAUGGAAAUGUGACAGAUCUUGGACUUCCCGCAGACGGAUCUGACUCACUUUUCUUACCUCCCGAACUGGCAAAUCUAUUCCUACCUUCCACUCUUCAAUCGGUUGAUCAAUACGUCCUACCCGAUAGCGGCGAUGUUGGUGCAGAAGCUUGGUAA